UUUGUGUAUGAAAUGUGUUAUCUUUGCCUUGGGACUUAAUAUUUACCACCGCCGCAGACAAUCCUCUCUCACCUUUUCAAACUCCUUUUCUCAGAACUUUAUACUUUCUUCAGCUUCAAGUUUCAAUAAGGAAUCUGUUUGCUUUCGAAAUGGGCAAGCUGGGGAAGAGCCAAAGGCGACGAGGAUAUUAUUUUGUGGGGUUUCUUGGAUUCAUGUUUCAGCUAUUCUUGCUGACUGAAUCUACCGUUCGUCGACAAAAUAUAACAUCGAGCAACUCGCGGCCAGUGCAUCUGGAUAUAUUGGAUGAUCAAGUUGUAGUGGACAAUGGAUUGGCUAAAUUCACUUUCUCAAAGCCAGCUGGUAUGAUUACUGGAAUAAAUUACAACGGGAUUAAGAAUAUACUAGAACAAAGGAACAAAGAAACUAACAGAGGGUAUUGGGAUGUUGUUUGGAGCAAGCCAGAAGAUCCCGGAGAUAUUUAUGAUGUGUUACAAGGGACACAUUUUAGAGUCGUUGUUGCAAAUGAAGAUCAAGUAGAGCUGUCGUUUACAAAAACAUGGAUUCCUCCGGUUAAGGGCACUAAACGUCCUCGUGAUGACAAUAGCCUUCCACUCAAUAUAGACAAAAGGUAUAUAGUGCUCCGAGGAGUCCCAGGUUUCUACUCAUAUGCCACAUUUGAACGCUUGGAAGGAUGGCGCGAUAUGGUGCUAUAUGAAGGCAGGAUUGCAUUCAAGCUUCAAGAAAAAUUGUUUCGAUACAUGGCAGUGUCAGAUGACCGACAAAGAGUCAUGCCAACAUUUGAAGACCGGGAAAGGGGGAAGGCCCUUGCUUAUAAAGAAGCCGUGCUAGUGACAGAUUCGAUUAAGGACACACAUAGUGUAGAGGUGGAUGACAAAUAUCAAUAUUCCGCUGAAAACAGGGAAAAUAAGGUGCACGGAUGGAUAUGCUCCAACCCUGCCACCGGGUUCUGGAUGAUCACACCCAGCAGUGAGUUUCGUGUUGGGGGACCUCUUAAGCAGGACCUCACUUCUCAUGCCGGACCAGUAACUCUGUCAAUGUUCUUCAGUGCUCAUUAUGCUGGAAAGCCCCUAGCACUUACGUUUAAAGAAGGGGAACCCUGGAAAAAGGUUUUUGGCCCAGUUUUUAUCUAUUUAAACUCAGGCUUGGACACGGAAAGUACUGUUUCAUUGUGGCAAGAUGCUAAAGAACAGAUGUUGAUAGAAACUGAGAGCUGGCCAUAUGAUUUCCCGCGCUCUGGUGAUUAUUUUCUUGCAAAUAAGCGUGGCACACUUAGUGGAAGGUUACUGGUACGAGACAGGUAUACAAGAAUAGAGUUGAAAACAGCUAAGUUUGCGAAUGUGGGACUGGCUCUACCUGGAGCAGCAGGCUCCUGGCAAACAGAAAACAAGGGUUAUCAAUUUUGGACACAAGCUGAUGCAAUGGGGUAUUUUGUGAUAAAAAAUGUCUUGCCCGGAACAUAUAACUUGUAUGCUUGGGUGCCUGGACUUAUCGGUGAUUACAAAUAUGCAUACAAUAUUAUCAUCAAACCAGGAGGCAUUGUAAAAUUAGGUAAUAUUGUAUAUGUUCCUCCAAGAAAUGGCCCUACACUAUGGGAAAUUGGCAUCCCUGAUCGCACAGCAGCUGAGUUUUUUGUUCCUCAACCUAUCACGACUCUUGAAAACACAUUAUAUGAGGAGGAUACUGCAGAGGGGUUUAGGCAGUACGGAUUAUGGGAUCGUUACACUGAUCUAUAUCCUAAUGAAGAUCUAGUUUACGCUAUUGGUGUUCAUAGGUAUCAAAGGGACUGGUUCUUUGCUCAUGUUAAUAGGAGACUUGAAGAUAACACCUAUGUACCAACAACAUGGAAAGUUUUAUUUAAUUUAAAACAAGUGGAUCGGACCAGAACUUACACAUUGCAGCUGGCACUUGCUUCUGCCAAUGGAGCUGAAUUACAAGUCCGGAUCAACGAUGAAGCCGCCAAACAUCCUCACUUUACGACACAUCUUAUAGGCUAUGAUAAUGCAAUUGCAAGACAUGGGAUCCAUGGACUAUACCGCUUAUACAGUGUUAAUUUUUUGGGAAAUCUUUUACAACCGGGGAAAAAUAUAAUAUUUCUUAAGCAGACAAGAGGAAAAAGUCCUUUCAAUGGAGUCAUGUAUGAUUAUAUACGUUUGGAACAGCCACCGCCAACAAAUUAAAAUGAUGGAUUGAGUGGUAUUCGUACAGAUACACGUUGGAACAGCAGCUGUCUCAUCGUACUGGAAAGAAGGAUAUAGAAAUUUUAUAGGUUAGAACAUAUAUUUUGAUUUUUUAACAGCUAGCCAGGUCAGCAUAUUCUUGUCAUCUCUUUAUUAUCUCCUUAGCAAUGAAACAAAUCAAUAUCUAUGGCUCAAAUGGUUACUUAUUUUAAUAAAA